GCAGAAAGUUGGCCAUUUCCCGCAUCAACAACUACAACAAAUUAUGACAACAAUACACAUACAUGAGAGAAACAAAAAAUAACGAGAUAGCUUUUUCGACUCAAGGAAAAAACAAUUGCUUUAUCGCUUCACCUCCCUUUUUUUAUAAUAUUCUAUCUAUAAAUUCAAGCUUUGUCUACUACAUGCGCUAUCGAUAGAAAAGCGACCAAUAUAAUUUGGAGGAGACUUUUUUGAUAAGUAAUUUAAAUUAUUAGUGUUCUGGAACAAUCGUCGCAAACUUUUGUCACUUUGAAUCAAUUCAACUUUCUGGACCUGAGCCACCACCACUACCACUACAACUACAAACUACCACAGGUACUUUACUCCAUUACAUUACUUGUUAGGGAACAACCGAGAAUCCCGUCUGCCUAACCGCGGCAGCUCUAUACCUAACUUAAAAUCUCGUCGCAUCCUGCUGCUGAGCACGUCCCGUUGUACGAGCACGACUCCAUAAAUCCGCCCUUAUUUUGCGACCUACGACGCGCUGCCAGAUCCUCAAUUCACUGGAGGAUUAUGGCCGAAAUGCUUACCGAAGACCAGGUCGCCGGCCUGCUGACCAUCCUUAGAAAGGACGUCUCCGUCGAUACCAAGGUUCAACACCUUACUGCCGUCAAGUCCGCCAUCAAGCACUACAGCGUGCCCGAUGUCUGCGUCGCGCCGCUCUUCGAAGCCCUUCGGCUUGCCUCGAGCUCGCAGCACACGAUCCUCGUGCAUGCUGGCUUCACUACGCUAAACCACCUCUUGACGCGCAUGUCGCUGCAGGAGCCUAAGUACCUUGCUAAGGAGGCGAAAAACACCUUGCCUCUCAUCGUUGAUAAGAUGGGCGAUCAAAAAGAUAAGAUCAGGGGAUUGGCCAUACAAGCUAUGGUCACAAUGCAUAACAACGUGCCCAUAGACGCCGAAAGGUUUGUGCGCAAUACGGCUAUGGUUGGAAAAAACCAAAGAGCGAAAGAAUCGAGUCUACAAUGGCUGAUGCAGAUGCAUAAGGAUCAUGCCCUGCAAUUCCGCGCCUACGUACCGACCCUGAUGGAGCUCCUCGAAGAUGCUGACGGCAUGAUUCGAGAUGCCGCCAAGACUACGGUGAUAGAGUUAUUCAGGGACGCGCCAAACGGAGCGAAGACGGACCUGAAGAAGCAGCUGAAGAACUUCAAAGUGCGACCUGCCAUCGAACAAGCUAUUGUGAAAGAACUGAUCCCGACGUCGUCAAGAGCGGACCCCGAAUCAAGGCCUGCAUCGGCAAUGCAGGUGCGACAGAAUCUAGCAGCUAGUGUCUCGUCCCUCGGUAGUGAACGACCGGUAACACCAAUGAUGCCCGAAGCUAAGGCGGACUCGGUCGAGCCCUCAUAUGUCAACACCCAACGGGAGCUAGAGGAUUUGUUUAGAGACAUGCACCCAUGGUUUGAAAGCAAGGAGACUGAGCAGAAUUGGAUGAAGAGAGAAGAGAGCAUCACUAGGUUACGGAGACUCAUUGCUGGCAACGUGCCAUCCGAUUUCCCCGAUGCCUUUAUCGCUGGUUGUCGGGCGCUGCUCGACGGUAUCAUCAAGGCCGCCAGUUCCUUACGAACAAGUUUGUCUAAGGAGGGUUGCGCGCUCGUUCAAGACCUCGCUAAUACUUUUGGCCCGGGGAUCGACCCAAUGGUCGAAUUGCUGAUGCAAACUUUCAUCAAGCUGUGUGCUGCCACGAAGAAGAUAAGUUCCCAGCUAGCUAAUGCUUCAGUGGACAUCAUCAUUGGAAGAGUUACGUAUAAUGCGAGGAUCAUGCAACACGUAUGGGGCGCUUGUCAAGAUAAGAAUGUGCAGCCGAGGAUUUACGCUACCGGCUGGCUAAAGACUCUGUUAAAGAAAGAGGCGCAUCAUAAGAAUCAUCUUGAACACGGUGGAGGGUUGGACCUGAUCGAAAAGUGUAUUAAGAAGGGUCUAAAUGAUCCAAAUCCUGGAGUCCGCGAGAAGAUGCGCUCGACAUACUGGGCAUACGCCCCGAUCUGGCCAGCGAGGGCCGAAGCCAUAAUGGAUGGCCUCGAUCCUACCGCCCAGAAAUUGUUACAAAAGGAUCCUAACAAUCCAAACUCGCCCAAGAAAUCCGAACCGGCCGCUCGGCCAGGGUUAGGUCUUUCGAAGAGUACCAUGACGGCCUCAAAGCCUUCUUUGAGGGAAGCUAUGUUGGCGCAAAAGAGAGCCUUAACUACGAGGAAUUUGCCUUCUCGUCCGGGGUCAGCUAUGGCGACGAUCACGCCGGCGCGCAAUGUUUCCGGCGGUUCGUCGGGUACAUCAGCAAGUUCGCAUGCGGCCGCUUCUACGACUCGAACCCGUGCGGAUACAUCGACGAAGUCUCACGGCGGUAUGUCGGUAGCUCCCAUGCGACCCGCCAAGAGAAGGCCAGAUGUCGCGCCUCGACCCGCCACUGCUGGACCGUACUCUGUCCGAUCGCAUGACGAACCCUCAAAGGAGCAAUCGAGCCCCCCUCGCAACACGAAGCAGAAGACUGCGACGCCAAAGACAAUCUCGGGAUCUCCUAGAAGGACAGCUCCGAGAACUAGGCCUGGUCAUGCGGCAACUGCUAGCGAGUCUAACCUUUCAACGCCAACGAAGGAGUCAACUAAUAAAACUCCUGCUUCUCCGAAAGGGAGUCCAGCGAAACCUAAGCCAGCCGUGAGAGAUAUAGCCAUAAGAGAUAUCGCCGCCAGCAGUCCCUCCAAUUCUAAUGAGGACUUCACCCUCGUUGUACCGGAUAUCGCACAGCUGAAGGAAAGCAUACAGAUGCAACCGGCUUCACCCAAAUCCCCGCCUAAAGCACCUGCACUCGAAAUACCGAUAAUUGAAGCGCCUGCAGUGAUCCUGGAUGAAGAAGCUACAGCGAUUCAGAAACUCACGACUCCGACACCGUCGAAGUCCCUAAAAGUCUACGAGGAUCCCUUUACAGAGGAGAACCAACCGACACCUCGCCCAGCUGCGAACGGCAUAGUCGACCGACCGGUCCUAGAAGACAGGCCUGUAAACGAAGAUGCGGCUAACCUUGUACAUACCCCUGUGGAAGCAAACAACGUUCUUGGUAGCCCUUUUGCGUCGCCCGACAAGACACGUCAAGACUCUCGCCUGGUCGACAGCGGUAUUGCUCGCGUGAAGGCGCAAAACCUUGACGUGCAUGGCUUCCGCAAAUUGCAGAGCCUUCUCCGUGAUAACAAAGUUCUCCUCCCCGAUGACAAAUUCAACGCAUUGCUCCUCGGACUCUUCGAGUACCUCGAAUCUCCCCUCGACAAUCUUCCGCCUGGGAAGGUUCAGGACGUGAAGGCGCAAAUCCUCGCUACUAUCAAGUUGCUACUGAAGAAGUCCCGCGAGAGGUUCCAGCCCCACGUAUCCAGGGGGCUCGAAGCCCUACUCGCUACGCGCACCCGCUACGACGCCCGGACGCACAUCGUCAGUGGGCUGGAGCUGCUAGCGGACGAGCUGGUGAUGAUCGGCGACGAGGCGGAGAUCGUGGUGACGAUGACGCGCAACCUCUCCCGCAUGGACAUGGACAACACGUCCGGGCACCGCAGCCUGAGCAUGGGGCUCCACGUGCUCAAGGAGCUCGUGGACGCGUCGUCGCGGCCCUCGUCGUCGUUCACGCCCAGCGAGGGCGAGGUCGCGGGCCUGCUCGCCCUCGCGACCCGCUGCCUCGAGAGCCGGGAGAGCGGCGUCCGCAUGGACGCCGUCCAGCUGUGCGUCGCGCUGCACGCGCGCGUCGGCGAGGCCCGCUUCUGGGACUCCAUGCGCAACGUCAAGGACGACCCUAAGAGCUUGAUCACGUAUUACAUCGUCAAGCGCCAGAGGGAGAACGGUGGCGUCCCCGCUUAGGAGGACGGAGCGGGUUGGCGGCUCCAGGCUAGGCUUUCUUGUUCUUGUUCUUGUUCUUCUUGCUCCGGGAUAUGUCUUUGCUUUCUUUUUCUUUUUUCUUUUUCGCGAGCACAAGUGCGGUCUCAAGUCUCGGUCGCGGUUGUGGUUGUGGACAGUUGUUAAUUAUCUAGUUAACCUGAAUAAUACCCUGGUUUUUUUUUUCUUGUCUUUUUUUUUUUCCCUCUUGGUGGCUAUGGUGAUGGUGAUGGUGGUGAUACCGAUGGAGCGAGAUAUCUAGGAUUUUUCUUCUUUUUCUGUUGUUGUUGUUGUAUCUAUGUCUGUGUGCGCAGCAUGGCGGUUCCGCGGCGGGAAUAGGGGAGGGAGGGAGGCCAUGUAUAUCACUUGGGGGACAAGGGAGUUUAGUUUAGCUUAGCUUAGCUCGGACCGGUCCGGUCCGGUGUUGACGGUGAAAAGGAAAGGGAAAGGGAAAGGGAAAGGGAAAGGG